CAGGUCAUUUUAAGAACCACUGUUGGAGAGCUGGAAAUCGAGCUUUGGCCAAAGGAAGCCCCAAAAGCAUGCAGGAAUUUUGUUCAGCUAUGUCUUGAGGGAUUUUAUGACAAUACUAUCUUUCAUCGAGUGGUGCCUGAUUUCAUUGCCCAAGGUGGCGAUCCAACAGGAACUGGAUUAGGCGGUGAAUCCAUUUAUGGUGCUCCGUUUGCAGAUGAGUAUCAUACACGACUGCGAUUUACACAUCGUGGAUUGCUUGCAAUGGCGAAUACUGGUCCAAACUCAAAUACAAGCCAAUUCUUUUUUACGCUUGGCAAAACCGAGGAGUUGAAUCAUAAAAACACUAUUUUUGGAAAGGUAAUAGUGCCUGAUUGGGCCAUGUCAGAGUGCUGUACUGAUCGUGGAGUCUUAUUUGCUAAUCUGUCUGUCUUGUACUAUACAUAUUACUUGUAG